CAAUUAUUGGAGCAGGAAUUGGUGGCACUUCAGCAGCUUAUUAUCUGCGGCAGAAAUUUGGGAAAGAUGUGAAGAUUGACCUGUUUGAAAGAGAAGAGGUGGGAGGGCGUCUGGCCACCAUGGCUGUGCAGGGACAAGACUAUGAGGCAGGAGGUUCUGUCAUCCAUCCCUUAAAUCUGCACAUGAAGCGUUUUGUCAAAGACCUGGGUCUCUCUACCGUUGAGGCCUCUGGUGGCUUGUUGGGGGUGUAUAAUGGAGAGACUCUGGUGUUUGAGGAGAGCAACUGGUUUAUAAUUAAUAUGAUUAAACUAGUCUGGCGCUAUGGAUUUCAGUCCCUCCGAAUGCACAUGUGGGUAGAGGAUGUGUUAGACAAAUUCAUGAGGAUCUACCGCUACCAAUCUCAUGACUAUGCCUUCAGUAGCGUAGAAAAAUUACUACAUUCUCUAGGAGGGAAUGACUUCCUUGGAAUGCUUAACCGAACACUUCUUGAAACCCUGCAGAAAGCAGGCUUCUCGGAGAAAUUCCUCAACGAAAUGAUUUCUCCUGUCAUGAGAGUCAAUUACGGCCAAAGCACGGACAUCAAUGCCUUUGUGGGGGCAGUGUCACUGUCCUCUGCUGAGUCUGGCCUUUGGGCAGUGGAAGGUGGCAAUAAGCUUGUUUGCUCAGGGCUUCUUCAGGCUUCCAAAAGUAAUCUCAUACCUGGCUCAGUAAUGUAUAUAGAGGAGAAGACAAGAACCAAGCGGACAGGAAACCCCACAAAGAUGUAUGAAGUGGUCUAUCAAGCUGCAUCUGAGACCCAUUCUGACUUUUAUGACAUUGUCUUGGUGGCCACUCCCUUGAAUAGAAAAAUGUCUAAUAUAACUUUUCUCAACUUUGAUCCUCCAGUUGAAGAAUUCCAUCAAUACUACCAGCAUAUAGUGACAACUUUAGUUAAGGGGGAAUUGAAUACAUCUAUUUUUAGCACUAGGCCCAUUAAUAAGUUUGGCCUCACUACAGUGUUAACCACUGAUAGUUCAGAUUUGUUCAUUAAUAGCAUUGGGAUCGUGGCUCCUGUAAGAGGAAAGGAUAAUCCUGUACCAUCAACAGAUGGGACAAAUGUUUGGAAGAUCUUUUCCCAAGAAACUCUUACUAAAGCGCAAAUCUUAAAGCUGUUUUUGUCCUAUGAUUAUGCCGUGAAGAAGGCAUGGCUUGCAUAUCCUCAUUAUAAGCCCCCAGAGAAGUGCCCCUCCAUCAUACUCCACGAUCGACUUUAUUACCUCAAUGGCAUAGAGUGUGCAGCAAGUGCCAUGGAAAUGAGUGCCAUUGCAGCCCACAAUGCCGCACUCCUUGCCUAUCACCGCUGGAAUGGGCACACAGACAUGAUUGACCAAGACGGCUUAUAUGAAAAACUGAAAACUGAGCUGUGAAGUUAACACUAUCUUUUCUUCCUCCCCUCCUAGUUUUAAGUAUCAUUGGCAAACAAGAACGGUAUCUGAGCAGAGGUGACUUUGAAUCAGAUAUUUUGCCAUUAUCAUUGUUUAACAAAAGUAAUCCUUGUGGGUCAUAACAAAAUACAAGGUUCUAAGUAAGUGUAAAGGAAUAACUGUUGCACUUACACCAUCUCCACAAUUUCCUAACUAUUCUUUCAGUAUCCAGUAGUAGUGUUUCCCAAAUGUGUCUGAUGAUAGGGAUCAUCUGGAGUUUAACAAUGUGGAUUCUCAAGCUCCUCUCUCACACAGACUCUGAUUCAGUACAUCUGGGGAUGGGGUCCUGGGUUUGGAUCCAAACCUACAGCUUAUUGAGAUAAGCAGUUGAGAAAGAAUUUAAGGACCUCUUAGAGAUUAAUUCUUUUGAGCUUCACAGCUAGAUGUCAUCUUCGGUCGCUAAAACGUUGGGAGCUGGUGCCGUAUGCCUGGCCGAGUAAUUGCGUUCAUUUAUGAAGUAAAUGUGCCCAUGCCUAAAGCCUUGACUUUCACAAUGUUAUCUUUGAUUGCUUCUGUCUCGAUUUUGUUAAGGGUGAAAUUCAUGAGUCUUAGUGGUAUAACCUUAAGACUUACAUGUCUCAUAAAAAUCGUAAGUAAAAUGAAAAGCACAUAUGGGCUACUGAAUUAAGAAAUUGGCAUUCUAUUAAAUCCUCACUUGAGGAGCCUUUCAAAAUAUUGAUAGAUUCCCCCCCCCCCCACCCCAACCAGAGGGUUACGGUUAAUGGAUAGAGGAUAGAACCUUAGUAUUGUAGCUUUUUAUAAAGUUCCUAUUGUGCAGCUAGGAUUGAGAAUCACUGAUGUGGGGGUUAUAAUGUCUACAAAGGAUUUUUAGUGCCUUCAAAGUCCUAAGAAACUUAGUUCAUUAUCAUUUUGCAGGACAUGAGUCCUAUCAACAAGAAUUUUGGUAGUAAUCUUGAUAAUAAGCAGCAGUACUGACAGUCUAACAGCACAGGCAACAUAGGUAAUUCCAGAGCCACUGGCACUAGAGCAGGAUAUUCAGAUUAAUAUAUUUAAAUACUUCAAGUUCAAAGUUAUUGUAGCCUUCUGGCUGAGAAACUAGUUGCUGAGAUCUUAAAGCAGUGGUUCCCAACCUUGGCCGCACAUUGGAAUUCCAUGUUGGGCUUUAGGGCAUCCCAAAUGAUUCUAAUGUGCAGCCAAACUUGAGAAGCAGUUUUACACCUACUGUACAAAGAUCAUAAAUGUCAUAGCAGCCAUAAACCAGAACAGGCAAAAGCCCACUGCAACCAAGUCAACAUGUAUGAUUAUUUAAAAAAAGUCCUUUUCCAGAUUUUGGGAGUAACUACUUAACAAAUGUUUAAGAAAACAUUGAUUCUUAGUAAGAGUGAUUUCUUCCCUACUAGUUUUGAAUAUUAAUGUGCUGAUAAAACUGCCAAUGUAUAUUUGAUUGAUAUAGAGGCAGGGAUUAAACUCUUGAUUUGUCAAAGUAUCACCUUUUAAAAAAUUUUAACAAAUAUGUUGAGGCUUAUAUUGUGAUUUUAAUGAAGGCAGUUUGUAGGGAAUAGUUUAUGUAUGUGAUAAAUACUGGUAAAUACUAAUAAUUUAAUUUGUAUCAUUUGUAGUCUUGUUUUGC